AUGGAAGAGCUCCUUCAAACCUUUCUUAAUUGGAAUCUUAAUGGUAAUCAAGGCACAUCAUCAUCUCACAAUAACAAUAACCAUAAUAAUCAUCAACAUUCUGAGCCAUCAUCACAUGAAAUUUUCUCUACUUCAUCUCAUAAUACCCCACUAACAUCAACUAACCCAAGUAGAGAAUUUCCUCGUAGUAAUUUGAAUACACAGGUGCCUACGUUCGUACCAAGAAGUGACUUAUACAGUCCCUCAAGUCCAAAUUAUCAAAGAGGUCGAAAUAGUCAUCAUGAUAAUGAUACUUAUAUUUUGGGAUCGAGUGGUCUAAACUCUGUAUUGCCACUUAGGUGCAUCUCUUUGGCUCAAGCAAAAGGCCUCAUAAGCUUGCUAGCAAAAGAUUGGCGCGGUUCUCAAUUCCUACUUGAAAUUUUAGAGAAGAAUUCCACUCAUGAAAAUGUUGAAAAAUUUUUCAAUGAGAUUAGAUACCAUGUGAUUGAGCUCACAAUGGAUCAGUAUGGAAAAGAUGUGAUACAAAAAUUCCUGGAUGUGUGCAAUGAGGAGCAGAGAACACAUAUUUUGGCCCACAUAACUGCAAAUCUAUGGAACUUUGUUGAAAUAGCUUGUAGCACUACAGGAAGUUUUGUUGUGAAAAAGUUGGUACAGACUCUUGAAACAAGGACUCAAGUUUCUUCCCUAAUGGUUGCGCUAACAGUAAACUUUGUGACUCUAGUCAAGAAUGAGAGAGGGUAUCAUGUUAUCCUUGAGUGCUUGAACCGCUUUACCGUUUUAGUUAAUAAGCACAUAUAUUUUGAGACUAUCAAGUAUAAUGUCGAUCUUGCCACUAACAAAUAUGGAUGCCAUGUUCUGCAACAAUGCAUCAGAAUUUCCGAUGGGAUGCUUAAGAAAACUUUGAUUGUAGAUCUUUUGGAAAAAUCACUAAUGCUUGCUCAAGAUUUAUAUGGAAAUUAUGUAAUUCAAUGUAUCUUGGAGCAAGAAAUCCCACAUGUCAACUCAGUUUUGGCUGCUCAAUUUGAAGGAAGAUAUGUUCACCUAUCAAUGCAGAAAUGUAGCAGCCAUGUUGUUGAGAAGUGUCUCGAAUUUUUCAAUUACAUUGAUCGCUCAAAACUCAUUUUGGAACUGGUUUUGAGUUGCCACUUUCAACAACUGAUUCAACACGAACUUGGCAACUAUGUGAUUCAAGUAGCUCUCCGAGUUUCUAGGGGCCGCAUACGCGAUGUUCUGGUUAAAGCAAUCAAGCCACACGAAGCAAACUUGCGCAACAAUCCAUUUUCAAGGGCGAUUUUUUCUUCGAAAUAUUAUAAGCACCGAUCUACAUUUUGA